CGUCGAGCCGCUCACCAGGAAAAGACGCACGUUCCGUCCGAUUCGACCCUGACACGCAUACGAGUCAACGGCGGCUCAGGAAACAGCGUGUUCUUUUAUUAUUACAUUUUCCUUUUCCACCCUCUGUUUUAACGAGCGACGUUCCUCGCUCGUUUUCCUUCUUUCACGAGCGGGCACCAGCUUUCGCGGUACAGCCAGAUAGCGCAACGCGAGCCCGGUUGUGAGCAGCGCAGCCAGCGCAUCGCUAUUUGACGGGCACUUGGAGCGCUGACCCGUGUGUCGAGCGCGAGGUUCGCUACUGACUGGUUUCGGCACUGGUACUAGCGAACAUGGCGGUGAAAGCAGCUGUGCUGAUUGGCGUCAUUCUCGCCUUCAAUCUCACCGCUACGGCUGAGGACAUGCACGUCGAGAGGGAGACCACCGAGGGCCGUGUGCGCGGCAAAGUGGUUCACGUCUUGGACAACGAACCCGUAGAAGAGUACGUCGGAAUACCGUAUGCAGAGCCGCCCCUGGACAAACUUCGCUUCCGACCUCCGCAGCCAAAGAAAAGGUGGCAGGAUACUCUGGACGCGACAUCCACGCGAACUGCAUGCCCACAGAUAGAGAUGCAACUGGUCAUCAUGAACAACGUCACCUACACUGAAGACUGCCUUCACUUGAACAUCUGGGUUCCCGAGAAAGCCAUGAACCCGGGUGCCAAACAGCCCGUGCUCGUGUGGAUUCACGGAGGAGGCUUCACAUUUGGAAGCGCCAAUCAGUGGGAAUACAACGGUGCCGUGCUCGCCGCGACCACGGACGUCGUCGUCGUCGCGAUGAACUACCGCCUCAGCAUACUGGGCUUCAUGAGCGCCAACUCUCCCGAGGCACCGGGCAACGUCGGCAUGCUGGACCAAGUCAUGGUUCUCAAGUGGAUUCAGCGUAACAUCGAACACUUCGGGGGCGACCCCGAUCGGGUGACCUUGUUUGGAGAAAGUGCAGGAGCGAUGAGCGCGCACGCACACGUCCUGUCUCCCAUGAGCGAGGGUCUCUUCAAGAGGGCCGUCUUGAUGAGCGGCACCAUGUACAACAUUGACCUUUGGGACAUGGUCCACGAGAGCAUGGUUAAAGGCAACAAGGUGGCCAACAUUGUAGGCUGCUCCAAGGGUGGCAGCAUCGACCUCUCGUCCAACGCCGAAGAGAUCGUCGACUGCUUCCGCAAGAAGUCCGCCGACGAGCUCGUGAAGGCGGCCGCAGAGAGCGUGGCCCCCAAGAAGAUUCCUUUCGCUCCCAUCUACCACGACGCAUUCCUUCCAAAGAUGCCACUUGUAGCCAUGAAUCGUGGCUUCUUCACGUCCGUCGAUAUCGUGGCAGGCGUCACGUCCGACGAAGGAGCCCUAGCGCUCGUGUUUCCGCCGAAGCUAGAACUUCUGCCUGAUGACCUCGACGGAAGCAAUCCUGAAAAACUUAAGGAUUCUCUUCGCACGGCUCUGUCAUCAUGGGUAAAAGAGGAUAUACCGGACAUCGAAGACAAGUAUGCCGACGAUGCGCCGCAAGGCGACGGGAACGCCCUCAGGCGCCAGUACCUGGACUACUUGUCCGACAGGCUGUUCAACUGCCCACUGCAGUUCUUUGCGGAAAAGCACAGUGAAAGAGGCAACAAGGUGUUCGCGUAUGUGUUCGGCCACAAGUACGAUGCGUUCAACCUGCCGGCAUGGAUGGGAGUGCCGCACGCUACUGACCUUCAGUUUGCGUUCGGCAUACCCUACGCUGCCGAGCGAGACUCGCUGAAUGGACGCAUGAGUGAGGCCUACAUGCGGAUGCUGGGAAGCUUCAGCGAAAAUGGGCGUCCCGAGCUGCCCAGCAAGCAGAAGUGGCCAAGGUACACCAAGCGUUCACCAACCGUUAUUCACAUGAAUAGCGACCACUUCAACGAGACCAAGGGUUUCCGUGCAGAACAAUGCGAGCGCUGGAAGUCACUCUUCUAAGGGAAAUCGCUUUGUAUGCUUAUGCUGUUAUAUAUUGCUUACGAAGCUGUACAGAGUAGCAUAAUAAAUUAUGUUAUACGUAUA